AUGCUAACUCGUCUUUUUCUCGUCAUCACCAUCAUCAAUUUUUCUUUCUCCAUCGGUGCAAAACAAAUCAAAAAAGAUCUUGGCACAGUGAUCGGUAUCGAUCUGGGAACGACCUAUUCCUGUGUGGGUAUUUUUAAAAACUGCCAUGUUGAAAUUAUUGAAAAUGAUCAAGGCAACCGAAUUACACCAUCGUGUGUUGCCUUUACACCCGAUGGCGAACGAUUAAUUGGUGAUGCUGCCAAGAAUUUACUUACAUCCAAUCCUGAAAGUACAAUAUUCCAUGUCAAGCGACUCAUUGGUCGUAAAUUUAACGAUUCAUCCGUUCGACAGGACAUCAAACAUUUUCCAUUUUCCGUAAUGGAAAAGAAUGGAAAACCGAUUGUCAAAGUAAAUACACGUUAUGGUGAAAAAUUAUUUACACCCGAAGAAAUUUCGGCAAUGAUACUUGGCAAAAUGCGUGAGAUUGCUGAAGCAUAUCUCGGAGAGAAAGUGAAAAAUGCUGUUGUGACUGUACCUGCCUAUUUCAAUGAUGCUCAACGACAGGCAACGAAAGAUGCUGGCACAAUCGCGGGUUUGAAUGUCAUACGAAUUAUCAACGAACCGACCGCAGCAGCUAUUGCAUAUGGUUUGAACAAAUUGAACGAGAAGCAGGGAGCGAAGAAUGUUCUUGUUUUUGAUUUGGGCGGUGGAACAUUUGAUGUUUCAAUUCUGACACUAGAUAAUGGUGCUUUCGAAGUACUCGCUACUAAUGGUGAUACUCACUUAGGCGGUGAAGAUUUUGAUCAACGUGUUAUGGAACAUUUUAUUCAAUUAUUCAACAAGAAAACGGGCAAAAAUAUAGCAAAAAAUAUCCGUUCGCUAGAAAAGCUCCGUCGUGAAGUUGAAAAAGCUAAGAGAACAUUGUCAUCAGAACAACAAUCAAAAGUUGAAAUUGAAUCAUUUUCUCUGAAUGACGAUUUUAGUGAAAUAUUAACACGUGCUAAAUUUGAAGAACUCAAUAUCGAUUUGUUCCGUUCGACAAUGCUACCUGUACAAAAUGUCAUGAAAGAUGCCAAGUUGAAGAAAUCGGAUAUUGCCGAAGUUCUUCUCGUCGGUGGAUCGACGAGAAUACUUAAAAUACGACAAAUUCUCAAAGAUUAUUUCGAUGGAAAAGAACCAUCACGUGGUAUCAAUCCAGAUGAAGCUGUAGCUCAUGGUGCAGCUAUACAAGGAGGUAUACUGUCGGGCGAAAAGUGCACUGAAGAUAUUGUCGUCAUAGAUGUUAAUCCACUGACGAUGGGUAUUGAGACUAAGGAUGGCAUUAUGUCAAAUAUUAUUCCACGAAAUAGUGAAAUUCCAAUAACGAAGAUGAAACCUUUUACAACCACUGUCGACAAUCAAGCUGCAGUGGCCAUUCGGGUGUUCGAAGGUGAACGAACGAAGACGAAAGACAACCAUUUUUUAGGCGAAUUCGAUCUGACUGGUAUUCCACCAGCGCCACGAGGUGUACCUCAAAUUGAUGUCACCUUUGAUAUCGAUGUCAAUGGCAUUCUCAAUGUCACUGCUGAAGAUAAGAAUUAUGGCAAUAAAGAAAACAUUGUCAUUAAUUCGAAGACAAACCGAUUGUCAUCCACAGAAAUUGAGCGAAUGAUCAAAGAUUCGGAAAUAUUUGCAGAAGAAGACAAAAAACUUCGGCUUCGAGCAGAUGCCAAGAGUAAACUUGAAUCCUAUGCCUAUUCACUGAAAACUCAAAUGGCCGAUAAGACGACAAUCUUCGGGGAGUUAUCAUCGACAGAGAAGACAAAUAUUGCAAAUGCAGUUGAACAAGAAAUCAAAUGGGUUGAUUCGAAUCCAAGUGCCAAAAUCGACGAACUUCAAACGCACAAAAAAACAACUUGA